GUUGACUACGGUUGCACGUUUCGUGUUCGACGAAUACUGUUCAAGUCAAUCGCAGUGGUGACGGCUAUCCACGGUAGAAAUGAUCUUUAAAAUACACGUUUGUUGACUUUGUGGACCGAGCCUUGAAGCGCGUCAGUCUUGCCUAGUGUUCUCUCCAAAUCACAAUUACGUUGGCCGUUUCACACCGGGAGUCUAUUCUCAUUCGAUUCGCCACUCACCACCCACCCAGCAUUGGAGCUACCUUAACGUCGCGUGGUCAUCACCGAGUGACGCGAUGUUGUACCGGAUCGUGUUGACGAGUUUUUGUAAUGGUAUCUAAUAGCCGUGUGCCGCUGCGGAAUUCGUCCAAAACUGGUGUAUCGUGAUCGUGAAUAGUGAGGAAUGCAUCUGUUACCGUAGUCUGUUUCUUACACAAGUGUCAGGUGUUUGCGACACGCUGCCAAGCAUGUGCAGGAUUAAAAUUUCAUCCAAACCGAAGGAUGACUAGAACAAGUCUUCUGAGUGUCCUGGCUGCUUGCAUCUUCUGCGGCACAGCCCCUUGCGAUGCGUCGCCAACGCUACUUUUCGCAACCAGCAAAGAUAUCAGGGUGGCUAAUGUCUCCAGGGCAAACAAGGUGUCGACGCUUGUCAAGGAUCUUUCGGAGGGUGCAGCCUUGGACUUCUAUUGGGAACGCAGUUUGGUGUGCUGGUCGGACAGCGGUCUAGAAACGAUACAAUGCGUUGCUUCGAACAGCACUCAUACCGGUGAAAAGACAACCGUAGUCAAUUCGAGCCUGAUAUCCCCCGAUGGGUUAGCGUGCGAUUGGUAUACGGGGAAACUCUAUUGGACGGACGGUGAAAAGAACCGUUUAGAAGUGACGAGCAUCGAUGGCCGCCAUCGGAAGGUACUCUUCUGGACUGAAAUUUAUCAGCCGAGGGCCAUCGCCGUUGUACCUAUGAGAAGCAUUUUAUUUUGGACAGACUGGGGUGAUGUGCCGAAGAUUGAAAGUGCGAGCAUGGACGGGGACCCAAAUACCAGAGAAGUAAUCGUAUCCGAAGAUAUAUUUUGGCCGAAUGGACUGACCAUUGAUUACGAUCAAGAGUUGGUCUACUGGGCAGAUGGAAGGCUGAAAUUUAUCGCCGUCAUGGAUUACCGCGGCAAAAAUAGGAAAAAGAUCGUUAGCCAGGGCCUCGACUAUCCUUUUGCCAUCACGCUAUUCGAGAACAAGCUUUACUGGACGGACUGGAAGACCUGGUGCAUACACUCGUACGACAUACAGGGACAGACGCAUCCCAGGGAAUUGUUCCACGGUGAAUAUGUGCCCGGCGAUAUAGAGGUAUGGGAUCAAAGGAGGCAACCUUACGCCGACAAUCCUUGCAAACCGAACAACGGUAAUUGCUCGCACCUGUGUCUGCUUAGUCCUAAAUAUCCGGGGUACAGCUGCGCUUGUCCGACCGGGGUGAAGCUCAUCGAUGAUACAACUUGCGCCGAUGGUCCCGAACAACUCCUCCUGAUCGUUCAAAGAAGCGAGAUAUGCAGGAUUUCACUCGAUUCUCCCGACUACACCAGCUUUGCCCUUCCUCUCACAGGCAUCAAGCACGCCAUAGCCAUAGACUUUGACCCCCUUGAUGAAAUGCUUUAUUGGACGGACGAAGAGGCUAAAGGAAUUCGUAGAGCAAGUUUAAAUGGUUCGGGACAGGAGGACAUCGUGACGACGGAGGUCGAGAACCCCGAUGGAAUUGCUGUUGAUUGGGUGGCGAGAAACUUAUACUGGACGGACACUGGAACGGACAGAAUCGAGGUUGCUCGUUUAAAUGGGUCGAGCAGAAGAGUCUUAAUCAACGAGGAUUUGAUCGAACCCAGAGCAAUCGCCCUGGCCCCAGAAUUUGGUUGGAUGUUUUGGACAGACUGGAACGAGAAGAAACCAAAGAUCGAACGGAGCAAUUUAGACGGUAGUGAAAGGUUUUUGCUCGUAACCAAGGAUAUAGUGUGGCCGAAUGGGAUAGCCUUAGAUAUUGGCGGACAGAAAAUAUACUGGUGCGAUGCUAAGACUGACAAAAUCGAGGUGUGCAACAUGGAUGGUACGGAUCGAAGAGAAGUAAUUACCGAUAAUCUCCCACAUUUGUUUGGUCUCAGUCUUUUGGGGGAUUUUUUGUACUGGACCGAUUGGCAGAGGCGAAGCAUAGACAGGGCUCACAAAUUGACAGGAGCUGAGCGUGAAGUUAUAGUCGAUCAAGUGCCCAAUGUUAUGGGACUGAAGGCUGUGCAUUUGGGCAUUGUCAAAGGAAGUAAUCCAUGCGCAAUUAACAACGGUGGCUGUAGUCAUUUGUGCUUAAACAGGCCCGGCGAUAACUACGUCUGUGCUUGUCAGAUCGGUUACGAGCUCACUAAGGAUAAGAGAACUUGCGUUGUACCGGAUGCAUUUUUACUUUUUGCGAGGAAAGAGAACAUCGGGAGAAUCAGCAUAGAGAAUGCCAACAAUGACAACAUCAUACCGGUAACAGGCGUGAAAGAUGCUAGUGCCCUUGAUUUCGACAUGAGUGACAAUCGAAUAUACUGGACCGACGUCAAAUUAAAAACGAUAACUCGGGCGUUUAUGAACGGCUCUGAUAUGGAGAGAGUCGUUGACUUGGGGUUGGAGACGCCCGAGGGUCUGGCGGUCGACUGGGUGGCGCACAACUUAUACUGGAGCGAUACGGGAAGUCAUAGAAUAGAGAUUGUUCGAUUAGAUGGAUGUAGUAGACGUGUACUGUUGUGGCAGGACAUAAGCGAGCCCCGAUGUCUAGCGUUAGAUCCGGAAAGAGGACACAUGUACUGGACAGAAGGACAGGGGUCCGGCAGCAUAGAGAGGGCCGUUCUCGAUGGGUCCCGACGAUCCGUUAUUCUAUCUCACAUCGGACGAGCUCACGGUUUGACCAUCGACCACACAGCUCGUCGUUUGUAUUGGGCGGAUCUUCACACACCUGCCGUAGACAGUUACGACUUGCAGACAAAAAGAAGAAGAGCGAUAAUAACUCAAAACAUAGUAUACCCGUUCAGUAUAACUCAGUAUCAGGACUACAUAUAUUGGACGGACUGGAACACGGGGGAUAUUGAAAGAGCAAAUAAAACGAACGGUGGUAAUAGAACAAAAAUUCACAGCAAACUAGAAUCUGUUACCGAUUUAUUAGUCUUCCACGCAUCGAGACAAUCUGGUUGGAAUUCAUGCGCUGUGAAUAACGGGGAUUGUAGCCACCUCUGUAUAGCACUGCCAGGAAUGGCCGGCAAAUUAUCAACCAAUUACAAAUGCGUUUGUCCGACUCAUUACGACCUUGCCAGUGACAACAAAACCUGUAUCGCUCCCCGAUCUUUUAUGAUCUACAGUCUCCGCAACGCCAUCGGACGUCUUCUACCAGACACCAAUGACUGUCCCGACAUCGCGCUAAAAGUACAAGGGUUGAAAAAUGUUCGUGCCAUUGAAUUUGAUCCGAUAACUCGGUACAUCUAUUGGAUAGAUGGUCGCAUGCAGUCCGUCAAAAAAGCUUUGGAAAAUAAAACACAUGCAGAAUUAGUCGUCUCCGGUGGAUCGGGCCAUCCGUUUGACCUAGCGCUAGACCCCCUGGGAAGAUUGUUAUUCUGGUCAUGCUCGGAAAAUGACGCGAUCAAUGUUACCAGAUUAGAUAACGGGUCUAUGCUAGGAGUAGUAGUGAAGGGGGAAGGAGAAAAGCCGCGCAACAUUGCCGUCCAUCCGGAGAAAAGGUUACUCUUCUGGACGGAUAUAAGUGGCAACGUGAAAAUCAUGCAAAGCAAAAUCGAUGGCAAACAGCGGGUGGUUGUUGCAUCGGAAUUAGAAACGACAACGAGUAUAACGAUCGAUGCGACCGCCGAUCUCAUCUAUUGGACUCGCGGAAAACAGAUCGAGUUCGCCGAUCUUUUGGGAAAGAAUAAAAAAACUUUGGUCUCUACCGGUCACCUCGGUGUCACACACUUGUCAGUUUUAUUCGACCAUCUGUACUGGUUCGAUCGAGAAGGACAACUAAUAGAAAGAGUCAACAAGACUUCUGGACUAGGAAAAAAAACGUUAUGGAACCGUUAUCAUCUCAUUGAUCUUCUUGCCGUCAGAACUCUCGAGGACCAAGUUAUGGACUCACAUAUUUGUAGUCCGUCCAACGGUCACGGAGGCUGCUCACAUUUUUGCAUCGGAACCGAAUCACCGGAGUGCUCGUGUCCCCAAUCGCUGGUGCUCUCCGAUGACGAGCGAACCUGCAGAGCUGCACCCGCCUGCGGAGCUGAUCAUUUCACUUGUGCAGCCGUUGCCAAAGACUGUAUUCCGGCUACCUGGCGAUGUGACGGGCAAACCGAUUGUCCGGAUGGCAGCGACGAGCUUGGCUGCCCGGCAUGUCGGCACGAUCAGUUUCGAUGCCAAAGCGGUCAUUGUAUCGAUAUGUCUUGGGUGUGCGACGGCACUACGCAAUGUCACGACGGUUUGGACGAGGCCCACUGUUGUCGUCCCGGCCAGUUCCAGUGCAAAAGAACACGUGUCUGUAUAUCCGCAACUACACUAUGCGAUGGUUGGGAAAAUUGUGCGGAUGGAAGCGAUGAAUCAGCAUCGGCGUGUGCAUCGGCGAAUCACAGACAGGACGUGGGGCCAACACUGGAUUCUGGCAAAAGUACAUACGUGGUUGCGAUCCUUGUGGUAAUGGCAGCCGGAAUAUUAGUUGUAUUGGGUUUCUGCUACUGCAGAAGAAGGUUUGCAAGCAACGAAGACCUACCGGAUAUUUUACAUGAUUCUGCCGGUGAUCCUCUUUCACCGAAGCCCGGAAGAGCCGCUAAGCCGAUGCUAGCCCAAAAAAAUGUAAGAAAAGAUCUCAAUACCGGUGCCGAGGCCGUUAGAAUGUCGGCAUUGAAUGGUAGCAUCAACGGCUCCAGCUACGAUCGCAGCCAUAUUACAGGAGCCUCAAGCUCCACGAGGGGGAGUUCUGCGGGGAGUUAUCCGCAAGAAACUUUAAACCCUCCCCCCAGUCCAGCGACUACCGCCAACUCGACGCGGUGCUCCAGCAGCAAUGCUUCCAGGUACCGACCCUAUCGACAUUACAGAAGCAUCAAUCAGCCUCCACCUCCGACGCCCUGCAGCACAGACGUCUGUGACGAAUCGGAUAGCAAUUAUCCCUCGAGGUACAGAUAUGAAAGCGAACCAUUUCCACCGCCCCCUACACCACGAUCCCUCUAUCACAGCGAUGCAGCAAUCAGUUGCCCACCGUCCCCUGGUUCUAGGUCGUCGACUUAUUUUAGCCCUCUACCUCCGCCGCCUUCACCGGUACCCUAGAGUAUAUUGUAGAUGUAUCGUUAUUCAGACUACAUUGUGGGUACCGUACCAAACACCAUUAUUCGGGAGCUAAUAUUUAUGACCCGAUGAUAUUCAGUCUUGCCAAUUAACUACGUCUAAUUUGAUAAUCUGCAAAACUUCCGUUACGUGGAAGAAUAACGAUUCAAUAACAUAAUCAAUGAAUGUUGAUGGAGGUUCGGUAUUUUGACGAAAAAUUAUUUUUACUAAUCGAGUGCAGCCAUAGUGCAGCAGCUGUAGAGAAUUCGAACCCCUGUACAAAGCCCAUACCAUUGUGCCUGGUAACUAAGGUUUCACCUAUGUACGAAAUUUACAUCGUUAUACAUACCUGUACAAACAACUCAUACAUCAUUGUAAAUAGAGUACGAGUGUAUGUCUGAGAAUUUGUAAGCAGUUAAGAAUAACAGACAGCUUAUAACUAGUGUAUAUAUUAUUCUGUAAGAUACUUCAUCUUUUUUCUACAUCGCCUGAAUUAAUUCCAGCAGCAGUAAGCUCGACCAUCAAUUUGACAGCGCGUCAGUAAUUCACUAUGUUUUUUUACCAUCAAUGGCGAAAAAUGCCGAUUAACGAAAUGGAAAAAUUACGCUGGUUGAAUUUUUUCCGACAAGCUUUAUACCAGUGCAUCACAUUUUAUCGAGGAGUUUGCUGUGACUUAAUUAAAUUUCAGAAACCGUGCCAUAAAUAGUAAUCGUUACAAUAUAGGAUGUGAUUAUUUAAGUAUGAGUCAGUAUUGUAACAAAGCAUCACCGAGCUGUGUACGAUGCAUUGAUUUCGAAUAUUCAUAUUUCAUAUUGCCGUGCGGUAAGUACGCACAUAACGUACACAUACUGAGAGUCCCCUUAAUCAAGGAGAGUGAUUAUUAAAUUACUUUAUUCAUUCGA